UGUAGAAGGUGGAGCUGCGUAGGUUGCUGUGUAGAAGCUUCCGGUGGAGAAUAUUGUUUUGGCUCUGAUCGCUUAGGUCUGGCGACUUUGGCGCUCUUGGCGCUUGCUCAGCGGCACCUUGGGGCCCACAUGAGCCAAUGGCAUCGUGCCCGGGGCGGCUGGGGCCCGGGACGCGUGUUUUCUGGACGUUCCAAGGCCAAGAAGAAGGGCGGAAACCACAUCCCCGAAAGGUGGAAAGACUAUCUCCCAGUUGGACAGAGAAUGCCUGGGACUCGUUUCAUUGCUUUCAAAGUUCCUUUGAAAAAGAGUUUUGAAGAGAGACUUGCUCCAGAAGAACGUUUUUCCCCCUUGGAUCUUUUUAACAAAAUCCAAGAACAGAAUGAAGAACUUGGACUGAUUAUUGAUUUAACAUAUACUCACCGCUAUUAUAAACCAGAGGACUUACCGGAAACUAUUCCCUACUUAAAAAUUUAUACAAUUGGGCAUCAAGUGCCUGAUGAUGACACUAUUUUUAAAUUUAAAUGUGCUGUUAAUGGGUUUUUGAAAGAAAACAAAGAUAACGACCGACUUAUUGGUGUCCACUGUACCCAUGGUUUAAACAGGACUGGCUACCUCAUCUGCAGAUAUUUGAUUGACGUAGAAGGCAUGAGGCCAGACGAUGCAAUUGAAUUAUUCAAUCGGUGCCGAGGACAUUGCAUAGAAAGGCAAAACUACCUUGAAGACCUUCAGAAUGGUCCCAUCAGGGAUCGGGAACCCAGUGUCUCCAGAUCAAGGGGUUCUGACUACUCAUCAUACAUGGUGGAACCAAUCCACACCACUAAUAAGGCUGUUCACCAAGGACCUGGGAAUAACAGACGUUGGACCCACGGUUACCCAGCACCUUCUUGGCAUUUGCACACCCAGGCCCCAGAUGUGCAGCAGUCAGCAAGAAACUUUUCACAGAAUCGAAGCUUUUACCAGAGACACCAUAACCCUCCUCCUGGCCCCCCUGGAGAGGACUGUUCACAGAGGAGAUUCUCUUGGAGCGUACGGCCAGAUGCCAAUCACGUAGUCCAGAACAAAAGGUGGUGUCCUGGCAGUUACUAUGGGUUUUCCUAUCCAGCUUAUUAUGGAUGGACUGAGUGACGCCAACCUACCCUGGAAAUCUGUCUGGAGACCUCAGGACUGAAGACAGCUGGAGUGACCCUAAGGUUGGGUCAAAUGAGGUUUAUAAUCUAUUUUUCCUCCCUUAAGUUCAAACUUAAGGGAAAGUUAUAUUAAUACUGGACUCUAUGCUGAUAAAUUUGCAGUAUUUGAAAUACUGAAUGAAUUAAUCUGUUUUUCCAGGCUUAAAUUUUUUUAAAGGAAAAUGUUAUUUUAGAACUCAAAAAGUAAUAAAGAAUAUCAUAUCCAUGUACCUAAUUUUUAACAAUGCUAUGUUUUCUAUGUAUUUCCUUUCUACUAGACUUGUGAUAUGAAUGUGUGCAUACAAAAAUUUUUAGUUAUGUUCUGUUUCGUCUUUCUCUGUUUUUGACCCAAUCAUCAAGGUUUCUUUUUUUACCUAACUGUUCAAGAUUUCUAUUGAAAUUUACCUAGGAGACAAUCUCUUUGGAACCUAAUCACAAUUUGCAGUUAAUGGUGGUAUUUUGUGAGGAGGCAUUUGUUUCUUUGGCAGGCUGUUGUGGGGUUGACCAGCCUCCUUUCACUGAGUUGUCAUGUACACUGUCUAAACACAGGAGUGGAUGGACUUGUAGGGAUUGUCUGUCGGCUGGGCAAGAGACUGAUAAACCAGAAUGUUGGUUGAUCUACCUGACAGGGUCAUUGUUAUCAACUGUGAAAUGACUCAGAAAACUUGAAAACUUAACAGACUAUGAAGAUUACUUAAUGAACAGAAUAAGAUACGACAUUUAAAGCCUGGGAUAUUGGGAAGACUUGUGUGGCUCCUUAUGUUUGUGCUUUUCAGUUGAACAUAACUUACUGGGGUCUCUCUCCACUUGCCUGUCACAGUGGAGCAGUACUCUGACUUUGACUUUUCUAAGUUGUCUCUUUUGCUGCUGUACCUCUAGACCACACAGGUGGACCACUGGGGUUGGGGGGGUGGGUGUUGAUUAUUUUUAGUUGCAGAGGAAGCCAGAACCUUUGCUUAAGAAAGUUUCAUACCAUCAUGACAUCAAAAGCCUGGGUAGAUAUUUGAUGAAUAUCAGCUUCAUUUUUUUAAAAAUUCUAUUUAUUUUAAAUAUUUUAUUUAUUUAUUUUUCGAGAGAGGGGAAGGGAAGGAGAAAGAGUGGGAGAGAAAUAUCAAUGUAUGGUUGCCUCUCAUGCAUCCCCUGCUGGGAACUGGCCUGCAACCCAGGCAUGUGCCCUGACUGGGAAUCGAACCACGAUACUCUGGUUCACAGGCCUGCGCUCAAUCCACUGAGCUACGCCAGCCAGGGCUUUGGCUUAAUUUUUUUAAAGCCUCUUAUUUUGAACAUUUGUAUUAGAAUGUCUUUUAUUAAAUGUGAUAGUUAUUUCAUCUGUUCUCUUUUACAUGUGAAGGACAUGUUGAACCUGACCUUAAGGACAUGCUGCAGCUCAACUACUCCCCUGUAUGUGUCUCAAGUUGCUAAUCCUUCAUCUAAGUUGAAGGAUGGCUCAUAAGGUUUUUCUUUGCCUGCCACAUUUAACAGAGAUGCAAGGGCUGUUUCGAAGAGGCUGGUCCUGGGGACUUAUUCCCCAGGAUACUCAAGAAGGCUCCCUGGGGAAGAACAAGCAAGGGCAGUGACGGCAGUCCAGCCAGUCUACUAGCUCAGCAGUUUUUUGGCAAGCAGUUUCUCAGGACAUUGCCAGCAGAAGGCCUGUCAUCCAGACACCUUCAGAAGACCUUUCUUUACCCUAUUGUCCCCUUUGUCCCCAUCCACUUCUGUUUCAGUUAUCAGAAUGGCUUGUUAAAAACUAGCUCCAUUUGCUCUCUUGUGUCUCAUUUACUCUUCAACACUCUAGCUCUGGCUUUGGCUCGCAGUACACACCACUGAGCGUUUUCUAGCAAAAGGGACCAGAAAUUCCCUUUUUAAAAGGUCUUUAGUGUUCUAUUUAAACUUUUAAAAUUUAUUUAUAUUUUUUUUUUAAAGUAAGCACUUUAAAAUUCAAAUAGUUCUACUAAGAUUAGCAUGAAAAAGAAGUCCCCAGUCACCACCCCACCAUACCCAAUUAUCACUCCGCAAAGGCAGUCACUGUUUUUAUGUUCUCUUCUAGUAUUUGCUGCUUUACUUAAAUACUGUGCUUAUAUUGCCACUUCUUGAUUUUUCAAUUUGUGGUGUUAUCUACUAACUACUUACCAUGGAAGAUAAGGAUUUAGCUUUUUCACAUCACGUACCCCACACACACUUUUGUUAACCUCAACUUUGCAGUGUAGUUAUUUCCCACUUGCACUGAAAUCAGUAUUCUAAGUUCAAGUUUUUUACUAGGUGAGCACCAUUCACUCUGAGCCCUGGUAUACCAUGGUUAUGUUUCCUUUCUUAGGCCAUUUUUGUCCCCCCUCAUUCUUGCCUCACUUGUUUGCCUUUUUCCUGUGGACCUACCACUAAUCCAUCCCCCAGAUCUCUGCCAGCACUGUAACAUUUCUUUUAAUGUGGUUAGGAUGAACACAUUAGAUUCUUUUCCGUUUGUAAUCUUUCCUGGAAUCCUCCUGGCCUAUUUCAGGUUGGGCGUUCCAUUAGUUUGCCACAGCUGCCAUAACAGAGUUCCACAGACUGUGUGGCUUAAACAACACUUACAGAGGCCAGAAGUCUGAGAUCAAGGAAGGUAUCAGCAGGGUUGGUUUCUUCUGAAGCCUUUCGUUGUUUGUAAACGGCCCCCUUUUCCUUGUCCUCAUGUGGUCUUCCCUCUGCGUCCAUCUGUGUCCAUACUUCCCCUUUAAGGAUGCCAGUCACAUUGGAUUAGUGCCCACCCUUAUGAACUCAUUUACACUUAUUUCCUCUUUAAGGACCCUAUCUCCAUAUAUAGUCACAUUCUGAGGUCCCAGGAGUUAGGAUGACUAUGACCUGAGUUUUGGGAAGGUACUACCCAGGCUGUGAUGGGCACAUCUCUACACCUGGGGCAUAACUCUUGUCCUGGGAUUUCUACUCACCUUCAGCCUGGUCAUUUCUUCUGCCCACCUCUAUUUCCUAAGCCCCAUAGCUAUUGCUUUCAUGUGUUUACUUCCCUGUUUGGUAGGUUAUAUGCUUCUGUAGAUUCCCAAGGAGGGUUAAUAGGCUAUACAUUUUUUGAGCCUUUGCAUGUCUGAAAUGGGUUUAUUUUAUUCUUUCACUGCACUGAUAAUUUGAUAGGCUAUAUAAUUGUAGGUAGACACUUUUAAAUGCAUUUUACUUAGUUUUCCACAUUUGCUGCUGCUGAAACCCUGUGCUGUUCUAAUUCCAAACGUUUUAUCUAGGGACCUGUAAUUUUUCUCUCUGAAAGCUUUAGGAUCUUUAUCUCAAAAGCCCUGACAUUCCAUGAUAUGUUUUAGUGUAGGUAUUAUUUGUGAUGUUAGGUACUUAGUGAACCCUUUAAGUCUAGUACUUUAUAUGCAUCUCAGAAAUUCUCACUUGAUACUACUUUCUUUUUCAGGAACUUUUAGUUGAAUGUUGGAUUUUCUGAAAUGUACCUCUAUGUUAAUUUUUUUUUAAUUUUCCAUUUUAACUUUUUUGUUUUAAAAAAACAAAAUUUCCUUGCCUGCCUUUUCUAUUCUUGUCGAUUAGAAGUUCAUUAUUUAAAUUUUGUGCUAUAUAUUUUUUCCUACUAUAUGUUUUUAAUUUCCAAAAGCUAGCUCUUAUUUUCCAAAUGUUUUUUUUUUUCUCAGUUAUGUCACUUUUUAAAAGACAAUUAGCCCUGGCUGGUGAGGCUCAGUGGAUUGAGUGCCAGCCUGCAAACCUAAAGGUCACUACUCCAAUUCCUAGUUAGGGAAUUGGGUUGCGGGCCAGUGGUGGGCGCAUGAGAGGCAACCACACAUUGAUGUUUCUCUCCCUCUUUUUCUCCCUCCCUCCCUCUUCUGAAAAUAAAUAUUUUUUUAAAAAAUCAGAUAAUUUUAUUAAUUUUGCAUAUUCUGAAAAUUCUUUGAAGUUCAAUUAAUUCUUGAAGAAAGAUAAUACAAGGCCAAUGAUGUACAUACUAUAGGAACACAUUUGUGAAUUGGUUCUCUUUUUAAUGAAUGUAUUUUUUUUCUCUGAAGUUAUCAAUUAUUUUUAGGUUUUUCUGUUACUGCACCAGCUGUUUUCUUUCUUUUUGUUUGUUGAUGCCUGUCUCUCAUAUUGGAAAUGUUCUUGAAAUGUCUGAUCAUCUCUGCCAUCUUUCUUAUUUCUGAUUGAGGUACUCAAAAGUGGAUGGAAGCCUUGGUUGUGUUGUGGUAGACUUGUAAUAAGGUGAUUGCUCAGCUCCUGUUUUGUUUACUUUCCCCUUGCUGUACACAUUUGAGUUUUGUUUUUCUCCAUUCUGACUGUUUCCCAUCUUUGAUAAUUUUAUUGUUUUCUCUCAUCUGUCCUUUUUUGUUCCUGUCAUUCUCUUGUGAGUUUUCCAUCUGUAAACUAUCAUUUUGGGUAGGGAGUAGAGAAUAGGCAUGAGAUCAAUACAGCCAGUAAUGAGACUGAAAAUGAGCAAAUAAAAUUGGGUUUUCAGUUUA